UAUGGCAGAGCCUUGCAGAGCGCGGAUGACACGAAGCAUUGAAGCGAGCAGUGCAGUUUGGAAUCUGUGCACGCUAGCCUGUAUGGAAUUAUAGAAUGUUAGAUUUCGCCAUAUUCGCAGUUUGCUUCGUCGUGUUUCUUUUGGCACUUGUGCUGUACCUUUACCCAAGUUCCGCGAAACAAACGACCAUCCCUGGACUUGAGCCGUCAGAUAAAAAGGAAGGCAAUGUUGGCGACAUCGUCCAAGCUGGAGGGCUUCAGGAUUUUCUCAUCUCCUUGCACAAAGAACAUGGACCUAUUGCAUCUUUCUGGAUCGGCACGCAACUGGUUGUCAGCAUCGGCAAAGCAGAAUUGUUCAAGACACAGUCGCAUGUUUUUGACAAACCAGCUGAAUUGUUUGUGCUCUACCGUGACAUAAUGGGUACUGGCAGCAUCUUAUUUGCAAAUGGAGCAGAGGCGCGGAAAAGGCGCAGGCUUAUUGACGAAGUGUUAACAGGAAAAUCACUUGACAAGUUCCUAGGACCAAUAGAGAAGCUAUGCAGUGAAGUGGUAAUGCGCUUGCGUGAUAUACCAGAAGAUGAACACGUGCCUCUGUACCAGUACAUGUAUGCCCUCUCCAUGAAGAUCUCUACCCGCCUGCUGUUUGGAGAGUAUUUCUUCAACGAUAUGGAAGUGCUCAAAUUUAGCAGGCAUUUUGAGCUGUGCAUAAGAGAACUGGAAGAGAUUGCCAGUGGUAUGGUGCCAGAUUCAAACAGUCCUAGGACAAAGAAGUAUGAAGAAGCCACGAAGGAGAUGAGAGCCCUGCUUGUUAAGGCAUUGCAGAAGUGCAAGGCUGGAGGUGACAAGUCGCUCCUGGCAAAUGUGUUGAAUAAUGCCUCUCUACCUGAGGAGCAGGCUGUGGAUGACUGUGUCACAUUUACCGUCAAGGGCUACUCUCUUGUUUCUGCCAUGACCUGGAUGCUGUACUUUCUUGCCACACAUCCUGAGCUUCAGGACACUAUUGCGCAGGAGGUAGAAGAGACCAUUGAUAAAGCCAAAGUCGUGUCCUGUCAAGAUAUCUUGAGUAUGACGUCACUGCAAAACACCAUCAAGGAAACGCUGCGUACUGCAACUGUUGAGCCAUGGACAGCACGCUGCCAAGAUGUGGACAUUGACAUUGCUGGGCACAUCAUUCCUAAGAAGACUCCAGUGAUUCAAGCUUUAGGAGUAGUUCUGCAUGAACAAGAAAACUGGAAGGUCCCGCAGAGGUUUGAUGCUUCUCGGUUCAAGGAUUCUCCACAGGACCAGCUGGCCUACUGCCCAUUUGGCUUUGCCGGCAAACGGCAGUGCCCAGGCCAGGAUUUCAGCGUUCUAGUGAUGGCCACCUUCCUGGCCACACUGUGCCCAGUGCUGACACUUCACUCAGUCCCGGACCAAGUUGUCACUCCCACGUCGGCAUUGAUAACUCGGCCACAGGACGAGGUCUGGGUUACCCUCAAAAAGAGAUAGUAUGGAUUGGCUUCAAGAAGAGACAGCCUACCUUGUCCGACGCAGUUGCAAUCAACUUGAGAAAACAGACCCAGAGUGCCACCCCGUCCUGGAAAAGCUCUCGCUCUGGGCUGCAACAUGAAGCAAGAAGCACUGGCAAGCAUAGGAUGGUAUGGCAGAUGUGAUUGGGGCAGUAGUGGCAGCAUAAAUGUUUAAUUUUGAUGUUACGAAAAAAAAAAAAAAACUUUCCUCAUGCUCUCAUUUAGUACCUCAAAGAGUUAAAAGGUACAAGUACUGUAUCAUAAACUUGGAACUGAAAGACAAAAAGAAACAGAGGACUAGACUCUACUGGGCAAGUUCUUGUUGAGAGCUAUCCUCUAUCUUUUGCACCCGUGAUAAGAGAAGUUGCAUUGACACAAGCAUGACUUGCUACGUAAUGACGUGCACCUUGUGAAUGCUUCAUGGUUUGGCUUUCAGUCUGUGCUCCGAAAUUGCAGGGCCGACAGCAGCAUGGGUCCUUAACAAGUCAAUUAUGAUGUGAAUGCAGGCUUGCACUGCUGAGAUUCCUUUGAGAGUUUGUGUGAUGCAGACUAUUAUCCAUGCUAUAGAUGUAAUUUGGAGGAUGUGUAUUUCUGGGAAGCAGUGUUCAGUGUUUUGUUUCAACUUGCAGGCACAUUCCUAGGUUCAAGAUAGCAUCACUGAUGUGUUGGUAUGGAUUACACAUUGUUUGCUUCCAGUUCCUUCAGAAGCCGUCUUGUGUGCACUGCCUAAGCAAUGGUCAAUAUGCAUAAAACAGCUGCAAUGCAGUUGUUGUGAAGUUUCUAGUUUUUACAAGCAGUUCCUUUUAUGCAUUGCUCACAUGUAAUUUUUCUUGCCUUAUUGUUUGCCAUGCCUAUGCACUUAUGCACAACUUAUACGAACAGGGUUGGGAAAUUUUUAUUGUACAAGUUUGCUAGGCACAAAUUAUGUCUUUUGACGAAUACAAAUUCUCUAGCAAGAGUGCCCCUAGAUCCUGGAAUAUCAGUAAAUUUGAGGAAUAAGAUCUGUGAUUAAAUUUAGGGUAAUGUCCUUUGCUCAUGAUUGCUUGUACAGUAUUGGAGUUAGCUCGAGUUUCUUAUAGCAGACAACACACUGAGUCUGAUAACAUUAUAAUGUGAUACUGCAAGCGCAAAAAAAGAAAGGACAGAAGGGUACAAUACAACACAUGCGCAUGUGCUGUACCUUCCUUCUGUCCUUGUUUUUUGUACUUGUGGUAUGUCACAUCAGCCAGGCCGUUUUUACCCUUCUCAAAUUAUAAUGUGAACAUUAAGAAUGUGUAUUGAUCAGCUUGCAUAUUCUUCAGUGGAAACUUAUUUUUAAAUAUGUGCCAAGAUCUGACACACGAGACGUUACAGGUCUAACUGCUGCCAGAAAACAUAGGCGUCUGGAAUGAUUGUAGAUCAUAGUUACUUAAGCCGCAAUAACUUUCCUACAGAUUGCACACAGAUGAUGGGAGUAUCACCACAACGUCUUUUUUUAUAUUUAUGGUUCCUUUGGUUACCUUAUAAUAAAAUUUUCAUUUUGUCAA